GAGAGAGAGAGAGAGAGAGAAAUGGGGCUGAAAGGAGGAGGAGCGGUGGCGGGGGCGUUACCGAAUCUGAUUCGGAGCCUCCGAAAGGAAGCCCACCCGAAGACCCGGGCCCAGCAAUCGCUACCGUCGCUGAGACGCGCGUUCUCGUUGUACGAUCAGAUCAAUUUAAUCGACAACGUGCCGGAAGAUCAGCUGCGGUUUCAAGGUUACACGGAGACGGGUUUCAAGGUGAAUGGGAUCGAUUACGAGGGCAGCUUGCUCUGUAUUGGCAACGUGCUCAUGUCUUGGGCUCCCAACAAGUUCUCUGACAUCACUCCCGACAGCUUGUCAAUGUUCCAGCUUAUGCGGCCUGUACCAGAGAUUUUGAUUCUUGGCUGUGGGAGAUACAUUGAACCUGUAGAUCCUGAAGUACGACGCUUCAUUCGGUCUACAGGAAUGAAGUUAGAAGCCGUUGACUCGAGAAAUGCAAUAUCAACUUACAACAUACUGAAUGAGGAAGGUAGGAUUGUGGCUGCUGCACUUUUACCGUAUGGAUCCGGAGUUUCUUCAUGAUGCACUCGGUGCAAGAUGCUUGCUUUCAUGUCUUAAAAUCAAUCAUCAUGAUCACUAGGUACUUUCGACCUCAAGUAUAAUAAUUGUGUUCAUCAUGUAAUUAGUGACUUUAGAGGCAUGGGACACCAAUUUUCAUUGUGUAAGGUGGUCUGUCAUUGUUGUAUGCUUGUGGAAUUAGUGAACUCUGAUAGAUUAAGCACAUCUUUGUGAUAGUGGCCCUGUGGUUAUAUUCCUCACUAUAUUAUAAAUAAGGCCAAGCUAAAUAUCAUAUAACCGGAUCCUUGAAAUAAGUUUGAUGUCACGCAAGUACCAUGCUCCUUUUUGUUAGGUUACCUGCUCGAAAGGUUUUGUAAACGAAGAAAUGUAUGUGUUUAAAGAGCA